CUGUUGUAUUUGGAGACCUAAAUUCAUAUGAAAAUAUUAUAUUGAAGAAUGCUGUGGAAGUAAUAGAUGUAGAAAAAACAGAAAUAUAAACAGAUACAUGGACAGUUAAUUCAGGAAAGGCUUACGACUGGGAAACAGCAAGGAGUGUUAAGUCAAGAUGGAGGUAUUUUAGUAACAAGUGUAAAGACUAUAAAUUCUCUGCCAGAAAUGUUAUCGGAAGAGGUAAUACCUUCUGGUAGACCAACUGAUACAGCUCAAAAAAACCCAGAUUAACUUUUCAGUAAUUUCACUUUGAUUGGCAAAGGAUUUUUUUGAUCACAUUAUUACAGCAAAAACAAAUAAUGAUAGCUCUUCAUAGGACAUCUCUGAAAGGAGAUACUUAAUUAAAAUAUUAUAUUAAAAUUGAGUGGACCUUUUCAAUGAAAAAUACUUUUAGAGGAAACUGUUUUCCCAAUUUGUAUGCUUUCCAUAGCACUUUCUAGCAGUUAUCACUCCACUGUGCAGUUAAUUAUGCCAAUAGAAAUGAGAAAUCACAGUCAUGUAUCUGGCUAAGGGCAAAAUAUUUUUGGAGCACUGUAGUAACUAAUUAGAACAAACAACAAAGUACCAAGUAAUAUUAAUGUGUGUCUUCAGUAAGUAAAUGAAUAUUUCAGUACAAGUGAGAGCUCUUGUGGAAUUUUAACAAGAAGUUAGAAAAAAAAGUACAAAUGACUAGAUAGCUAUAAUGUUAUUUGCCGCACUUAAUGCAUUUUUGAUGUGCGAAUUGCAUGUUUUGUAAGUUCAUCUGUUUAAAAAUGAAACUUUAUAAAAAGAAUCCCCGAGGCUGUAAUCUUCUUUCAGCUUGUUGUGCUUGCGUUUAGGAUAAGCUUAUGUAAACCGAAGGCAUAUAUGCAGGUUUUUCGAGAUAAGAAUCUACAUUCCAGCAGCAAGUAAUUAUACAAUAAACAAUUAACUGUUCUAAUAAAUGCAAUGUUUUCAUUGAAAGACAGAUUCAUUUUUGACGUUGCGGUUGCAUUAACUAUGACCUGGGAGUUUUGGGGGAAAAAACAUAGCAACCAUCAUCAGAUACUUUGAAUAAUCUCAUGAUAGAAAUAAAUAAAGCUGUAUUUUGUUCAAGUAGCCCUAUUAGAAUUUUGCAAUUCUAUUAACUAAUGAGAUUUUUGAGAUACUAGAGCUAAAGGUUGUUUUAUAUCCAGUGUUAAUUCUAGUGUUCUCUUUGUUACGAAGGCUAUAUCUGCAUCUCUUUUGCAAGAGUAAUCAUUCAAAAUGUUCCACCUUAUGUCUACAAGCUAACGUGUUAGGCUGUCUUGUAGUCUUGGAGCAUGCUGUAAGUAAGGGGUUUAUUGGAAGGGAGUAAAGAGGGGGAAAUGAAUUGCAGUCUUCACCAAAGGACCAGAAUAAAUACAAAUUUUUAAAAAUAGUCAUUUUUAAAUCUGCAAAUUUCCCAGUGGGUAAUUUUGGCUAGAAAUUCAUCCACUUUUUGAAUGUGAACUUCUACUAUACGAUGCAAGAGAAGGGAUGAUGCAAAAUUGUUUGCUGUAGUCUGUACCAACCUUUGUGGGUGUCUCACCGCCUCAGGAAGGAUAUUUGUCACAAAGCGUAGCCUAGAGCAUCACUGCAAAGCUAAACAUGCCUCUCUUUUCCUAAAAAUACAUGAAACAGGAAAAGAAAGCUAUUUCACAGUGUAAGUGAUAUAUUUAGUAUGGCUUCUUAGUUUACCUUUUAAACGCAAAUGAGGGGGGAAGGUCAGCAUCAUAUGCUUUUAUACAUGUAAAUGCUUUAAAAAACUUCACGAUAAAAUUAAGGAGAACUUCUUACAGAUGGAAAGAUUUCAUAAGAUCAGCAUUUGUGUCACAAGGAUGAUUCUUGCUAAUAAUGCAUGCCCAACUCAAAUUGAGGAUCAGUUUAGAAAAGUAUUUUCAGGUGUAGCAUACUUCUAUUAAAAAAAUGUGAAGAAAACAUCAUAUGUGGUAAGGUUUAUUUAGUUUUUCUAUCCAUGCAAAUUUGUCUAUUUAAAAAAAGCCUCCACCUUAACUUAAAAAAUUUGUCUCGUAAAUAUAACUUGCAUUUAGGCUUUAUUAUAUGCCUUGCACAAAUGUGUGUCUUAUAUGUGUUAUGUACAGAAUGCAGUUGUAUUUUUGUCUGGAAAUGUUAGAAGUUUUAGUAUACUAGACUAAAAGAUAACCCACAGUAUCAUACAGUUACUCUUGCCGAUUGUUCAUAAUAAUGAUGCAAAUCAGUACAAAUUUCCUUCAGUGUUUAAUAUGUCAGGUGUUGGUCAUGGUGUUGAACCAUGCAAAAAUUUAUGGUCAAUAAGAUAAGCACAUUGAUAUGCCCACACUGAAUGGAGAUUUGGUGAUUCUUGAAAAGGUAGUUACUACUGUGAAUAGUUGUUAAAGUGCCAGGUAGCGAGUGCAACUGAUAAAUGCAACAGCUGGGGUUUUUUGUUUGCUUGUUUUUUAAAGAAUUUUAAUUCCUUCCUUAGUCUGGCAUGCUGGCUAUGUGAGCACUCCUGUGCUAUAAGUAGAUAAAAUGGAAAAUGGAUCCACUGUUAAUAGAUCACAGACACAGAAAUUUAUCUAAAACCUAGUGUCCCUUAUAGGCAAGUGUAGAAGUUGCAGCACUCUUAACUGGCUCAUCAGAUCUGCUCUGCCUACUCUUGUCAUCUUAAUGAAAAUGAAGCAAAUGCAGUAGCGUUGCCAAUUUUUUUUUAUUAUUUGGUGACUUCUAUAAAAGUUUCCCAUGAUGUCAUGAUUCCUGGCAUCAAAAGUUCAGUUUUUCCCUUAUGCUGAGUGACUGCCCCCUCAUCCCAGGGGAUCAAAGAGGGUACGUGAAGUCUCCUGCACAGCAGUCAGCAGGGAGAGGACAGCACUUAAGCUAUGGAGGAGGACAUCCAUCACAUUCAGAAACAGAACUUCUUCACAGACAGACAUAUACAGCUUCUCAUCAGCUUCCUGGAUACUCUGCUACACACCAUCCUACUGGUCUUUCGGGAAUAUUUGAUAGCAGUAUGCACAGUGCUGGAAGUAACACUAAGGAAACUUCAGUUAUGAAUUUUCUUUCUGCAAUUGAGUCUCGUACUGCUCAGGCAGCCUCUUCAGGAUCUACCCUUUUACCACAAUUCAGGGCUCCUUCCUGGCAGACAGGUAUGCAUUCCUCAACAGCCACAGAACUAUUUGUUACUGGAGCAUUGCCAACCUCUGGAACAUUUCCACCAACAUCUGCUUUAUCAGCUUAUCAACAUCCCAACACUUUCAGCAGUAGAAACUUUGCUACUACUCCAUCUCUUACUCUUCAAGAUACUACUUUCAGUGCUACAUCAAAUGGUCUCUUAACUACCCAUGAUCCCUUAUUACAAAUUAAAACAUCACAAGGCACUGUUCCAACUGCUUUGACAUUUGAGCGCCUAGGCAGUUCUGUUUUAAGUACCAGUAUACCACCUCAGUCAUCAACAUACCGUUCUGCUCAAGAAUCUGCGCCUCAUCUUUUGCAACCUCAGUUUAGUUUGUUACCUUCAACCCUUGGAGGAGCUCAGCAGGUUUCUCAGGCGUACAGCACAUCUGUCUUUACUGGUUCUACUGCUUCUAUUGACAGAGCACUUCAGCGAGAAUGUAGUGUUAUUAAACACCAUCAGCGGCCUUCAAGUACUCAGCCUGUUCAGGCUCAACUGACUGUUUCACAGCAUUCCUUACACAGCUAUUUAACGAGUACGAGCGGAGUUAAUUUUCAGGAUACAUCUAGGCACUCAGCGUUAUCCUGUAGUCCAGCUGGAGAUGUUACUCAGGUGAGCAAUGGAGGACCACAGCAGAAGACUUCUCAAGUCACAGUGGAACUUGCUCAGUCUUACACAUCUGCAAUUCCAUCACCUGGUUUUCCAUCUGCUUCCACAGCAAAAGUGAAAAACUGUUCCACGAAGCAGCCUCCAAGGUCAACAAAGACCCCCAAACCUCAAAGUGUAGCUCCCACUGUGCAGACACAAAGCUAUCCCAAAACUGCACAAAACCAGAGUUCUGUAAUUACAGGCCAAGCACAGAUCUAUUCUACAGCACAGCUCCCCAGUCUCUUGUCAGUCAGCCAAUCCCAAAACUAUGUUUCAUCCCAGACUCAGAACGUGCCACCUGUCAGUCACUCACAGGAUUUCUCAUCCAGCAAGGUUGAGAAGCUGCCCUCAUUGUAUAAAACAUUGACUUUUUCUGGGCAAUCACAAACUAUUACUUCUGACAGUCAAACGCUAAGUUAUUCCUCAGAUCAACAGGUAUUGACUUCGGUUCCAAAUGAGAACUACUCUGGGCAAACAAGGGAACUUUCUUCAGUCAGCCAAUCUCAGAGCUAUUCUUCUAGUCACUCUCAGGGUUUAUCUCCAGUUAGCCAAUCCCAAGUUAGUUUUUCAUCUCAGUCACAAGUUUUAUCAGCUGUUAGUCCUUCAGAAAGCUAUUCUUCAGGGCAGUCUUUAACAUUAACAUCACCUUCUCUUCCCUUUUCUGCCUCUCCUCGGAUACAAACUCUUCCAGCCUCAAGUCCUAAUCAGAACUUUAUUUCUUUGCAUUCUUCUCAGAACUCUCAGACACAAGAAUCCUCCUCUCCGCAGUCUCAAAAAUUUCUGCCGUCUGUCCAGUCUCCUCCUUUUGCGCCCCCAGCUCAUUCACAGACAUUGCAGAACAAUAGGCCUUCCUCAGAAACAAAAUCAUAUGUUAAAAGGAAGUCUGACUCUAAUUUGUAUGCUUCAUCAAAACAAGAAGAAGAAUUAUCAAUGCAGGAUAUGCAAGCAUUGCAACAGCAAGCUUCUCUUGAAUCUUCCACCCAAAGGCUAACUGGUGAUGAAAUCAAUGCUCAGGAUGCCUCCUACAGAGUCUCAAAAGCAGAUGACAGAUAUUCUCAAAGUGUAAUCAGAAGUAACUCUCGUCUUGAGGAUCAAGUUGUUGGACUUAGUCUUCAAGGAUCAAAAAAAGAUGAAAGAAUGGUUAAUUCUGUGGAGCAGCUUUCCCAACAUAUUGGCCAUAUCACUAGUAUAAGCCAUGAUAUAAAAAAGGCAGCUAACCUGAUGCUAACAACGCAAGUAAAUGUGAGUGCUAAAGAACUAAACCAGCAACAUUCUCUCGUGCAUAAGGUGCAUGAAAGUAAAGCUCAAGAACAGCAAGGCCAAGUCAUUAGUACACCACCACAGGUUCAGCCUCAUGCUUUAAGACAUCAGCUGUGUUUGCCUAGUGCACAGGUACUUCUGGAGUCUGCUUGUGACUUGCAGAUUCUUCAUCAGUCAAUUCUGCAGUCAGGUUUAGGACAAGCAAAGAUAUCACCGCAAGUGCAAAGAAUACAGAGUCCUCAGCAGGUGACACAUCCAUUCCUUCAAAUGGAUGGUCAUAUUAUUCAAAGUAACGGGGGCCAUUCUCAGCAACAGCUUCAUACUCAGAAUUCGGAAGUAAUGAAAAUGGACAUUUCUGAGCCCUCGAAACCGCUACAGCAACAUUUGACAACAAAAGAUCAUUUUACUCAAACAAAUCAACAUGAUUCAAAAAAUCAGUUUGUUUCUCUUAGUUCAAUAUGUUUCCCAGAAACUAUGCUUCUCAGUGAUGAAAGGAAUAUAUUGUCAAAUGUAGAUGAUAUCUUAGCAGCAACAGCAGCAGCCUGUGGGGUGACUCCAUCUGACUUUGCCAAAUCAGCAUCUAAUGAAGAAGAAAUACAGUCUGUUGAAAACAGUGAGGAAUCUAAAACUCAGUUUCGAUCAAUGGAUGUAAGACAUGUGUCUUCUGGUUUCGGUGCCUCACCUCCUGUAGUUGGAAAGCCACCAAGCCUAAAUAAUAUUUCACUGAAUGGAGGCCAAAUUACUAUAAAUCUUACACCAGUGUCAACAAUACAGGCAAAAACUGUGAACCUUGAUCAACAACAUAUUGAAACUUCUGAUCAAAAUGUGCCGACUAGAAUGACCUCUCCCACCCUUGGCCCUGGUCAAGAGGAGCAAGAACAAGGGGUUGUUCCAGUUAAGAAACAAUCUAGCAUCGGUCACGAAUCCGAAGAGGAUAACGAUGUUCCUGUUGAUGGUACGCUGAGUGCAAGAGAGACCGACUUUGUUUCAAGUGGUAAAAGUCUAAGUGAAGAAAGUGCUACAUCAGAGAAUGAUUUUAAUAUGGGUGGUGAUGAUGGUACAGUAGCAGGUAACCAGUCAAAAGGUCCAUUGCAGCCAAUAGCUGUGCCCCAGGGUGGAGAGGGAACCAUUAGCAGAACUGAAGAAGAAUGCCAAGACUUAACUCCAGGGAAUCUUCAGAAGAAAAAAAGCAAAGGAAAAAGCCAAAACAAAAAUGCUGCAGAAGAUGACAGUGCAAUUCAGAAACAGAUAAAAAGAAGCGGGCAAUGUAAACGUCAGAAUUCAAGAGGAAAUGAUUCAUGUUUGACGUAUUCUUCUCCUGUUUCUGAAAGUUAUGAUACUUACCAGCAUCAAGAAAGAAUGAGGCAAAAAAUCAAAGAAGUUGAAGAAAAACAACCUGAAGUCAAAACAGGAUUUAUUGCAUCUUUUUUAGACUUUCUAAAGUCAGGGCCUAGGCAACAGUUUUCAGCUCCAGCUGUACGAAUGCCAAACAGGACUAGGCGACCAGUUACUCAGAUAGUUCGUGCCCCUUGCCUACAGUCGUCUUCAAAGCCUCAGCCAGCAGCAACACCUGUAGCUGUGGAGGUUAGUGGAGAAAGUCCAACCAAAAAAGUUGAUGAAGAACUUAAGAAAAAUUUAGAAACAUUGCCUUCGUUUUCUUCUGAUGAAGAUGAUUCUGUGGGAGGUAACCACGAUCUUCAGAAGAGCAUCUCCACUGCGUUGUCAGCUUUGGAUGAUACUUCUGACAGAAAAAAUAAAUCAGAAGCUGAAAAAGUGGCAGUUGUUACUGCUGCUGCUGCUGCCACUACUGCUGUAAUAAAGCAGGAACCUCCACAGACAACUGCUCCUGUAGUCAGUGUGCAGGAGAAAAUGAGUUCAGCUGAUCCCCUAAAAGUAGCUCAACAGGAUGCUGUCACUUCAGACCAGUUAGCAAAAAUACAGGCAACUGUUGCAAUAGAAGGAUGUACUGACGAGGAGAAUACAGACAGUGGAGGAGAAGGCAUGUACAGAGAACGUGAUGAAUUUGUGGUGAAGAUUGAAGAUAUAGAUACACUGAAGGUUGCUUUACAAACAGGAAAAGAGCCUCCAGCUAUUUGGAAGGUGCAGAAGGCUUUGUUGCAAAAGUUUGUUCCUGAAGUGCGAGAUGGACAGAGAGAAUUUGCUGCUACUAACAGUUAUCUUGGGUAUUUUGGGGAUGCAAAAACCAAAUACAAACGGGUGUAUGUGAAGUUCAUUGAAAAUGCAAACAAAAAGGAGUAUGUCAGAGUAUGUUCAAAAAAACCACGAAGCAAGCCUGUACAGUCAGCAAGGACUAUUCAUUGCAAACCUAGCAGUAGUAACAAUAAAACCCCUGAUCCUCCAACACCAAAACCAACAGCAACAAAAGUCUCUUCUGUGAAACCCAAAGCAAAACAGCCAAAAGUAAAGGCUGAACCACCACCAAAGAAGAGGAAAAAAUGGAAAGAGGAAUUUUCAUCUUCCCAGUCUGAUUCUUCUCCUGAGGCCCAGAGUGAUGAGGAUGAGCUUGUACCUCCAGCUCCCUUUGUUACUCGCUUUUUGAAUACAAGAGCUAUGAAAGAGACUUUUAAGAGCUACAUGGAGCUGCUUGUUAGCAUUGCUUUGGAUCCAGACACGAUGCAAGCCUUGGAAAAGAGCAAUGAUGAGCUACUUUUGCCUCACAUGAGAAAAAUUGACGGCAUGCUGAAUGACAAUAGGAAAAGGCUGCUUUCCAAAUUACGCUUGGAUCAUACUUUCAAGAAUGCUUUGGAAAACUUUCCUGAACUGACAGUAAUCACUCGGGAUUCUAAGACAAAAACUGGGGGAACAUCUGUGUCUAAGAUCAAAAUGAAUGGUAAAACUUACAACAAGAAAACACUGAGGGCUUCUAAAUCAACCACUAAGUUAGCACAGGAAUUUACUGUAGAUCCAGAAAAAAUACAGCUGUAUUCUUUGUAUCACUCACUUCAUCAUUACAAAUAUCACAUAUAUCUGACAUGUAAAGAGGAGAUUUCUUCUGUUCAGAAAAGGAGUGCGGAUCUAGGACAGGAAGAGAUUGUGCAGCUGUGCAUGAAAAAUAUAAAAUGGGUGGAGGAUCUUUUUGAAAAGUUUGGUGAACUUUUGAAUCGUGUCCAGCAGAAAUGCUCAUAACAAAAAUGUAUCCCAAAUCUCACAUUUUUCUACGGCACUAACCUGAGGGAACAGAAAGCUCAGAGAAAGGCUCUGAUUUCUUUUACAAUGCCAGACUGCGUUCUUGUUCAUAGGCAUUUUUAUUUCUCUUUAUGGAACUUUGUACCUUGGCUCUUGCUAAGGAAAAGUGAUGCUGCCAAGGAAAUCAGUCCUUUGGAGAUGGAACUAAACAUAAACCUAACCACAUUUUUAACCUGAAGAAUUAUUUUCUAUUUUGUAAACUAUUGGAUAACUUAGUUUUAUUUUCAGAAAUGUUUUUGACAAAUGAUAAAGCAUGCACUACAUAUACUUUUUUCUUUAUUGCUAAAAAGAUAACAACACUUAAAAUACUACAGAUUUUUUCCAUCUUUGACUAAGCAACAGGAAAAAGUCAGCGUUGGGGUGAACUAAUUUUCACGUAUGUCUGGCCACCAAAUUUAGAGUAUUGUGCAUUUCGUGAACAGAGCUGGAGUGACAUCAGUUCCUGCAUACAUAUAUUGCCAUCAUAAAAAAAAAAACAGUAAUGUCAUUAUGCUUUAUGGACUCCUUUUACUAUUGUCAUGUUCAGGAGACUGAACAUGGAGUUGGUGCAAUCCUAUGACUGCUUUUUGUGUCAAAGUAUAUUGUAAUGAAAGACAAUGACCUUAACUAUUUUCCCUGUUUUGAAGAAAAAAAAUAUUUUCCUUUAUACUGUGUUUUUUUUCUUUUGGAAAAAAAAUUUCAAUUGUACAUUUUAUCUCACUAAUAGUUGUAUUUUUCACAGAGAAAAUAUUGUGGUUAAAAUUGUUUCAUGUAUCUUUGUAAUACACUUUCCAUUGUUUUCAGUAAAUCCUAUUCAUUUAUAUGUUGAUUUCAUAUUGUAAACUAUAUAUCUCGAGGUAACCCUUUUGUUUAUACAGGUUUGCUUCAGUGUUAACCAGAAUAAUGCAUACUAGACUAGUUUUGCUUUAAGUGUAGUUGUGUUAGACACUGCAAUUAUUUUCUGAUACGUGAAAAUAAAUUCCUUACUAAACUA